CAGGGCCACUCGUUGCUGCCUCUUACGCCUUAGUCGAGGGCUCAAAAGCAACGUCGGUAGUAUCGUUGCCUCCUCCCCGGCCUUCGUCCCGCAAUCACCCAUGUUGUGAUGGACGCCAUCAUCGUCAAGUACGACCAAGGAUUUCCGGAGAGAAGUCAGGAGGGCUGCGUGUUCUUUGAGGUGGAUCGCCACUUGGCAGGACAGGACGCGGAGGAUAAAGUUCAUCAAGAUGCGAGCGCUCUAGGAAGCCCAGCCCAAGUGGAGGAGGCGCGCAUCUCCUCCAUCCUGUGGGAGGCCUCGCACGCAUUCAUCAACACAUCCUCGGCCUCCGUGUCCUCACUGCCACAGUCCCCAGAUUGAUUUCUGCGACUCACCUGCAGCAGGCGCAUCGACAGGGGCAGCCACAGCCUGGUCACGACGUUGGAGGAAGGGGGAAGAGCGUACGCCUUCGCACAGGGGGAAGGGGGGUCCAUGGAUCGGACGGGAGAGAGUGUAGCAGAGGCAGUAUAGAGGAGGGAGGAGUGGGGGUGAUAGACGUUCUCUCAGCCCCGUCGAGGAUGACUCUCGGCGCGCAGGCCGACCUGUUGGAGCAGCAAGGCUUGAGCGUGGCGGAUAAGUUGAGAGAAGCGCGCCUGAUACGGACGACCGACGACAAGGACUUGAUAUACAGGGUGGGGGAGGAGAGGGCCUAAAGAGUUCUCGGGGCCUCGAGAGGAAGCGUAUUGGGGGAGGAUGUUGUCGGAGCGGAUUUUGGAGGAGGCGCAGGCUUGAGGUGCCCAGUAAAGCCAGUAAACGUGCUUCACUGCCUAUCCAUUGCAUAUCAGAUCGAAUUUAUAACUAGAAGCAAUCACAAAAGAAAUGCGCGGUACCAACGGAAACGA